GCGGUGGCGCACCGGCUCGUCCCUGCUGGAUGCGGCUAGAGAGCAAUAUUAUCGACCAGUGGACAGAGACGCGUCACAAGAACGCCAAGAAUAUGUUCACCACUUUGGCUAAAGUAUGUCAUAAAAAUGAUCCACGAGCUCAGGCGAACCCUCAAUUCAUGGACGCUUUGAAGACGGCGCGAACAGUGGAUGACACCGUUAUCUGCGAAAUCGAAGCCAAGCGCUGCUCAUGCAAUCCAAAAGGUACUAAGUUGUAAUAACUGAAAAUCGUUUUAUUCUUUUGUUGUUUAGAGACCGGACAAAUGGGAGAUCGUUAUUCUAUAGGUACAACUAAUUCAUCUCAUGUUGUUUGGGGAAAAUAAAAACAAGCGGUAAAAAACUACUCGGCAUUGACUCGUUGAAAAUUCGCCGAAGAAGCAUGUAAAAACAAACUAACUUUGUUUAGGAUGCAUCAAGAAUACGGAACUGGACCGAAACAACCCCAUGCGCACUAUCGAGGUGACCAUGAACGGAAG